ACCAAACGGUUACCUGAUUCAAACUCUUGUAACACUUCCUCUUUCUCUCUUACCUCCCUGACUCAUCUUCUUCCGGCAAAUAGAAAUUGAGGAUGGCGUUCAAUUCAAACUCUUCAAUCCCUGCAAUACCCUCAAGAUCGAGCACAACCACAUCAAAUGUUCGAGUAAUUGUCCGAGUACGCCCUUUUCUCCCUCAUGAAAUUGCUUUAAGUACAGAAGAACCAAUUUCGUGCGUCUCGAUUCUCGCCACGGACAGUGCCUUUGAUGAUGAAAUUUCAGUUUAUCUCAAAGAUCAGCAAUCCAGUCGACAAGAAUGCUACAAAUUGGAUGGAUUUUUUGGUGAAGAAGAUAACAAUGUAACAAGCAUUUUUGAGAAAGAAGUGAAGCCGUUAAUUCCUGGAAUUUUUCAUGGGUGCAAUGCUACUGUCUUUGCUUAUGGCGCUACUGGUAGUGGAAAGACUUACACUAUGCAGGGGACUGAUGUGAAGACAGGGUUAAUGCCACUAGCCAUGUCAAGAAUCUUAUCUUUGUGCCAAACAACAGGAAGCAUUGCUGAGAUAUCAUAUUAUGAAGUGUAUUUAGAUAGGUGCUAUGAUCUCUUGGAGCUCAAAGCAAAAGAGAUCUCGGUUUUAGAUGAUAGAGAUGGACAAAUCCACCUAAAAGGGUUGUCCCGAGUCUUGGUGACUUCAAUGUCCGAGUUCCAUGAUGUGUUUGCUCGUGGAAUCAAGAGACGUAAAGUUGCUCACACUGGUCUCAAUGAUGAUUCUAGUAGGAGCCAUGCUGUGCUUGUAGUCACAUUGUCUAGACCUUCGGAGCAAGGACAGGAGGCCUGUAUAACAGGAAAGCUGAACCUCAUUGAUUUAGCAGGUAAUGAAGACAACAGAAGGUCUGGCAAUGAAGGAAUCAGGUUGCAAGAGAGUGCUAAGAUUAAUCAGUCACUGUUUGCUUUAUCCAAUGUCAUCUAUGCUUUGAAUAACAACAAAGCCUGGGUUCCGUAUAGAGAAACCAAACUGACUCGCAUAUUACAGGGUUCCCUUGGAGGAACAAGUCGUGCGCUGAUGGUAGCUUGUCUGAAUCCAGGUGAUUAUCAAGAAGCAGUCCAUACACUUAGCUUAGCAGCUCGCUCACGCCAAGUCUCUAAUGUACUUUCUGUAAAACAAGAAACCCCAAAGGUUAAGAUUGAUAUGGAAGCGAAAUUGCAAGCAUGGCGUGAAUCUAAAGGAAAGGCAAAGAGUGCUCAAAGAAAGGAAGCAUUUAGUUCACCCUUUUUCCCUAAGUCCCCUGGUUACAUGAGCUCUAUGAAGAAACAAGCAGUAUCACGUAACUCUGUCAAAGCAAAAGCUGCAAAUCAAGGAGCUACAGUGAAAGACAGCUUAAUGUAUGUGCCUCAAAGGAAGCUGUUUGAUACUGAAGCUACAUGUGAUCUUCGCAAAGAUGAUAGUGAUUGUGCUCAAGCAUUGCAGGGUCUAGAAGAGUUAAACCUAAGUCGAACCAAUAAGGUUCUGACGUUUCUUGAAGAUGGACAACCGGACAGAAAAUCUGCAAGUCAAUAUUUUGUGAAUUCUUACUGUUGCUUAUCUGAGGCAAAAGAGCCUGUUGCUCAGGAUAAUGUAAAGCAAUAUAUGACAAAUUCGACAAGAUCUGAAUCAACAGCUUGUUCACCUGAGCUCAUGAAUGACAUUAUACUUAGAACAGAUGAGCUUUCAAAGGAGGAUGAGGCGACAAGUAAUAAAGUCGGAAAUUUCAUUCAGUCUCCGCCUAACAGGCCAAAAAUACAACCAUGUCAGAGUCCGCUGAGGAAAGCUCUAUCUCCUGUUAAUUGCAAUAUAAUUAGAAUGCCAAUUGAGGAGGUCUCAUCAAGAGACUGUGUACUUUCACUACUCCAUGGGUCGAGCGAUCCAAAAACCCCGUUCAUGGUGACCCGAGGAAUGUCCGACUUUGAUACUCCAAUGGAGAAAUAUUAUGCACGUAGUUCUAGUCUUAAGAGCUAUCUGGCUCAGGAGUAUAUUGAUUUUCUGAAUACUGCAACAAGGGAGCAACUGGUGGAGCUGAAGGGUAUUGGAGUAAAAAGAGCUGAAUACAUUGUCGAGCUUAGAGAAUCUAGCCCACUACAAUCGCUGAGUGACCUAGAGAAGAUUGGUCUUUCAUCUAAGCAGGUCCAAUACAUGUUCAACAAAGCGGCAAAGGACAUAUUUGGGUAAAAGUAAAUGCAAGAUUGACAAGUUUAAGAGAGGAGCGAGAGAAAUAUAAUAUGAUUGUAUUAAGGUGUGUUCGAUAACGAACUAUGACUAUAUCUCUAACAAAGAUACAACCAUCUGUUGUUGAAGCUGUGGAGAUUAAUCAGAUUAUUGUGUAAUGUUGCUUCCAGACAUGUAACCUGUGCAUUAUUUACGACUCGGGAAAGGAAUUUAUUUUCUUGAUCAGCAAUUAAGGUCAUAAUUUUUUUUUUUUGUUUUCUGUUUUUUUUUUGUGAUAUUAAGGAGUCAGUUAUAUUAUGUAUUUUUUUUUUCUUUUUUUUGGUAUUUUUUAUAAAAUAGAGAUUAGAUGUAAUUUGAUUUAUUUAGUAAGGGUAGAAUGGGGCUUUUAAUAUUUUGGUGUCCCUCCUUAGUCUACAUAUCUCAUCAUAAUGUAUGAGGAUUAAUCUAUAAGUAUAACUUUACCAAAUUAUGGCUA